UGCUGGGUUCUCACUUGCCUAAAGAACUGCACCGAGCGGAAAAAGCACCAGGGCACCAUUAAUAAAAUGCUAAACGCUGCACGUAUGAACGCAGAGCUGGGACGCCAUCAUUUCGGCUGGUAUUUCGAGGGAUUUCUGCACCUCAUAUCUACAAAACAAUGCUGCCAACCAAAGCACAUGGCAUGUUUGAGCCACUUCCUGAAAGCGAGUCAAUUCAGAGUCGAAUCGCUUAUUGAAUUUGCUGUACCGCUAACACUUUUCAACACAAGACAGGUAUUACUACGUUCAUUAGCGUGUCAUAGAUGAUGCCGUGUCUUCCUAGGAUCUGCCUCCUGACUAGCUGCCUCAGCCCAUUUCAAAUCUUUCUUUCUUUUUUUUUUCCCCUCUCCCUCACUCGCACUUUUCUUCUCUGUCUAUUCAGGAUCGGCAUUCCCGAUUCAGCCGUGAUCAACAUCCACUUCUCCUGUGAUCCGUCUCAUCAAUCACCGCUACUCCUCGUCUCCACUGCCUUUCCACGCAGAGAACAAACUCCGGAGCCAAGCGUCCACUGCUGGAUAUCUCGUGCCUCUUUGUCACCCCACAUCGACUUUUUCUCGCCCUUCGAUUUUCUCUUCCGGCCCGCACCAUGAGCAGGAGGAGCCGUGGGGUCUGGAGUGGACUGACAGCGCUCAGCAUUUUGGUGCUGGUCCAGUGGGCGGGCAGCUGCUGGGCCAUGACGCUGAACUCGGUUCCUCUGCGUCCAGUACCAGACGCACCGCUCAGAGUCGAGGAUGAGGACCCGGUACUCCACAGGCACAAGAGGAACUGGGUGUGGAACCAGUUCUUUGUUCUGGAGGAAUACACGGGGGACGACCCUCUCUACGUCGGCAAGUUGCACUCUGAUGUGGAUAAAGGCGAAGGCAGGGUAAAGUACGUCCUCACAGGUGAAGGAGCCACCACCAUUUUCACAAUCGACGAGAACACGGGCGACAUCCACGCCACCAAACGCCUGGACCGAGAGGAGCAAGCCUACUACACGCUACGUGCUCAGGCCCGCGACCGCGCCACCAACCUGCCCGUCGAACCCGAGUCCGAAUUCGUCAUCAAGGUGCAGGACAUCAACGACAACGAGCCUCGGUUUCCAGAUGGACCGUACCAAGCGCAAGUGCCCGAAAUGUCUCCAGUGGGUACGUCGGUGGUGGAGGUGAAGGCGACGGACGCAGACGAUCCUACGUACGGCAACAGCGCCAGAGUCGUCUACAGCAUCUUGGAAGGCCAGCCGUAUUUCUCAGUGGAGCCCAAGACAGGUAUCGUGAGGACGGCGCUUCCGAACAUGGACCGCGAGGCGAGGGACCAGUACCUGCUCGUCAUCCAGGCUAAGGACAUGGGAGGUCAAAUGGGCGGCCUUUCAGGAACCACGUCCGUCACCGUCACCUUAACCGACGUGAACGACAAUCCUCCACGCUUUUCACGAAAAUCCUAUCAGUUCAGUGUGCCCGAGUCUCUGCCCGUGGCUUCCGUGGUGGCCAAGAUAAAGGCCUUGGAUGCAGACGUGGGCCCCAAUGCUGAGAUGGAGUACAGAAUUAUCGAAGGAGACGGCCUCGGGGUUUUCCGAGUCGAGCCAGACAGAGACACUCAGGAAGGAGUCAUAACUCUGCUGAAGAGUCUUGACUUUGAAACAAAGUCGAGCUACACUCUAAAAAUCGAAGCGUCCAACAAGCACACGGAUCCGCGCUUCCGGGCGCAGGGACCGUUCAGCGACACGGCGAUGGUCAGGCUGGUGGUGGAGAACGUGGACGAGCCGCCGGUUUUCACCACGCCCGUCGGCAGGAUGGUCGUCUCCGAGGCGGCUAAAGUGGGCACCAUCAUCGGGACGGUCUCCGCCAUGGACCCCGACUCCACCAACAGCCCCAUCAGGUACUCGAUAGACCGGAACACCGAUCUGGAGCGUUUCUUCAACAUCGAAGCCGCGACUGGAGUCAUCAGCACGGCCAAGCCUUUAGACCGAGAGAUGAAUGCGGUGCACAACAUCACCAUCCUCGCCAUUGAAAGCAUGGACCCGUCGCAGGUGGGGAAAGGAAUCACCCUCAUCACGGUGAUGGACGUCAACGAUAACGCUCCCGUCUUCGCAAUCGAAUACGAGACGUUCCUGUGCGAGACCGCCGGACCAGGCCAGGUGAUCGAGACGGUGAGCGCGGUGGAUAAAGACGAGCCUCCCAGCGGCCAUCGCUUCUUCUUCUCCCUGACUGCAGAGGCUGCUGGGAACCACAACUUCACCCUGCGGGACAACAAAGAUAACACGGCGUCCAUCCUGACUAAGCGCGGAGGAUUUCACAGGCGAGAGCAGCCGCUGUACCGUCUGCCCGUGCUGAUAGUGGACAGCGGGAGUCCGUCUCUCAGCAGCACUAACACUCUGUCCAUCCGGGUGUGUGAGUGUGACUCUGAUGGAGCUCCACAGGCCUGUGGCACCGAGGCUUUCCUCCUGACGGCCGGACUCAGCACCGGAGCACUCACAGCCAUCCUGGCCUGCAUCAUGACACUGCUCGUGCUCGUGCUGCUGAUCGUGACGGUGCGGCGGAGAAAGAAGGAGCCGCUGAUCGUGGACGACGAGCGAGACGUGCGCGAGAACAUCGUGCGCUACGACGACGAGGGCGGCGGAGAGGAAGACACCGAGGCGUUCGACAUGGCGGCUCUGCGCCACCUCAACGCCACGCGGGAGAGUAAGACGCGACGUGACGUGACUCCUGACAUGCCCGCCGUGCCCACCCUGUACCACACACGCCCCCCGCCGUACAAAAUGGCUCCCGAUAACGGCGUUUUCCGCGAGUUCAUAUGGGAGCGGCUGAAGGAGGCGGACGUGGACCCUUCGGCUCCGCCGUACGACUCGCUCCAGACGUACGCCUUCGAGGGCAGCGGCUCGGCGGCGCAGUCGCUCAGCUCUCUGGAGUCGCUCAGCACCGACUCGGAGCACAACUACGACUUCCUGAGCGACUGGGGGCCGCGUUUCAAAAAGCUGGCCGAUCUCUACGGCCACGGCGAAGCCAGCAACGUGUUCUCCUCCUAGCUGGAGGGUCGACUCGUCAACAGAAAUGAAAACGAACAGUCACCGAGUGCCAAUGACUCACCGCUCCUCGAAGGAAGGCAGGAGGGACACUUUUUAUUCUGACAAAAAUGGAUGGUGGAGAGAAAAAAAAAAAUAAAGACAGCAUAAAUGAACAACCAGUGACAAAUGCCAGAAAUGGCAUGAUCCCCAAAAGAGGUGGGAGGAAGAAUUUAAAAACAAAAAUAUGGAACAUUCGUACGUAGGAGGAGAAAUAUUGGCAUCGAUUUCCCACCGAAACGUCGAUAAUCCUCUCCGAGGACAGAUUGUGGAUUCGUACAUCGUGGCACUUGGAUUUAAACCCACAAUAAGACGCCAAGCUCAGACACAGAAAGGAUCUAGCGGGGAUAAAGACCGGUGGGUGGAGGCGUUACGCGAGAGUCCGUCCCGGAAUUUGUUUUUGCAGAGACUUUCAGAGGCGGCGAUGAAUCAGAACAGUCCUGCCUGGCGAGCUGGCUCUGCUGCCUCGUAACCCGUGUUCUCCAAUGGUAUCUCAAUGUUUCUGCUCUCUCACAUAUUUCUAUGACUCACAGCUUCUUCAGCCACAAAAAAGCAAAAAAAGAAAAAAAAAAAAAUCGAUAUGAAUUAAGUCGCCGGAAUACUCUCGAAAGACAUAUUGCCUCGUGAGAUAAUGCAACUGUCGCUGUGUAAAAUAUCUUUCAUCUGACAUGAGGCUUUAGUUUCAUAUGAAAUAAAGCAUCGGUGUUGAUGAAAAAUAGCCAAACCACUGAUUUAGAGGGAAAAAAAGGGGGGGUUACGUGUACAAUAUUGCUUACUCGGGAUGAGAUUUGUGUCCUUGCAGGUUUUCCUCGGCUUCGGAAAAGUGUCACGUUCGGUUUCUUUUGUGCAGCAGGAACAUUGAAACGGUGUGAAAUUGAAGGAUUAAACCUAUCCAUCACUCUCUCUCUCUCUCUCUCUCUCUCUCUCUCUCUCUCUCUCUCGCUCUCUCUCGACCCUGAAAAACAAAUGUGUUUGUAGUGUCAGGUUCUGCCUCAUGUACUGUGUACUGUAAGUACGUUCUGGAUGAUUAUCGUGCAAGUGUUUUUUUUUAUGUUAUGUUAUGUUAUGUUUUGUUUUGUUUUGUUUUGUUUUGUUGUUGUUUUUUUUUUCUUUCUACCUGAGACCAGCCAAGCUGUUGCAGACGUGAGGCGCCUCGGAACUGAAACGUUGUUAAUACGCAAAGCAUCCAUUCUGUCUUCUCUCGUUUUCUCGAAUUGUGAACAACACGAAAUGUAAACGUAAUUUGAAACUAUGCUUUGAAAUAUUCUUCAUACACGCCAUAAUUGAAAUAUGGACUUAUUUUGUACAGUCGUAAAGUAAAUAAAAAAAAUGCACAGCUCCGUUUUUUUAACUUUCUCUCUGUCUCUCUCGCUCUCUCUCUCUCUGUCUUCCUCUCUGCGUGAUGUGGAUGAUUCAUUUGGGGUCCUUCUUCCGGCACAGGGCGGAUUCAAAGCGUGGUUUGAAAGAGCCGACUCAAAGAGUCGAGUCGACAAGCCGAUUCAAAGAGAUGACUCGAGGAGUCGACUCAAAGCGCCGACUGAACAAGCUGGGUCAAAGACCUGACACAGAGCUGGCUCAAAGAGUCAAGUCAAAAGUGCCGGCUUAAAGAGCUGACUCAGAGCAGACUCAAAGAGUCAAGUCAAAAGUGCCGGCUUAAAGACCUGACACAGAGCUGGCUCAAAGAGUCAAGUCAAAAGUGCCGGCUUAAAGACCUGACACAGAGCUGGCUCAAAGAGUCAAGUCAAAAGUGCCGGCUUAAAGAGCUGACUCAGAGCAGACUCAAAGAGCUGACUCGAAAGAACUGACUCAGAGCAGACUCAAAGAGAUGACUCAAGGAGUCGACUCAACGCGCUGACUGAACAAGCUGAGUCAAAAACCUGACUCAGAGCAGACUCAAAGAGAUGACUCAAGGAGUCGACUCAACGUGCUGACUCAACAAGCUGACUCCAAAACCUGACUCAGAGCUGACUCAAAGAACCAAGUCGAAAGUGCCAGCUUAAAGAUCUGACUCAGAGCAGACUCAAAGAGCUGACUCGAAAGAACUGACUCAGAUCAGACUCAAAGUGCUGACUCAAGGAGCUGUUUUACCAGUUCGUUUUCACAACUCACGUGCCUUUCCUCACGCAGU